CAUCUUGAUAAAUUUCAUAUCUUUUAUUAUACAUAUUUCCAAUUACACGUCAAAUUUUAAAUCCUAAAAUAUAUUAAUUUAGUAAGAUUUUAAAAUUGUUCAAUAAUGAUGAGUCAAGGAAGAAAAUAUAUUAUUUUGAAUCUAUUUGUCUAUUAUCUAUCAAUUUGUAUAACGAUUGUGACUAGCAAUAUAACCAGUGAUAAUCCAGAUAUGCAAAAAUUAGCACAAUUAAUUGAAGAGACGAAUAAGAUGUUGGAAGCAAUUCCAUUAGAAGAUGGAUCUAAAGUAAUGGAAUUAAUUUUAAACUCCACAAAAAAAGAUAAGCAUAAUGUUUUGGAAUCACUUCUAUUCCCCUGGGAUUUGAUCGAGAUAAACGAUAAUCAAGCUCCAUUGUAUCCGAACAUUAAUGUACUUAUAGUACAAGUAAUAGAUCAUACCUAUGGUUGUGAGCUUAGAUUGCAAGAAAUUUUAAAGACAUAUUUUUUAAAAUUGAAUAACAGCAUUGCUAACGAUUGCCUGGACUAUGUAAAAGAAAAUGUUGUCUAUAGCCUUGCUGUCUCUAAACGUGUUGAUUUGGUAAAGGCGAUUGCUGUUCGGACGUUAUUUCAUAAUAAUGAUGGCAAAACAAUGUGCAAAGAUGAUAAUAAACAUAAAUGUAAAUUAGCUGCAUUAAUACAUUACGCUUCAAAUAGGGAUUUGAAUUUAAAACUCACAGGAGGGUGUGAUAUUUUGGGAAAUUGUUCAUUCUUUUACACUAGUUUGGUAAAAAAAACAAAGGGACAUGUGUCUUUCCGACAAAUAGUAGAGAAAAAAGGUGAAAGGAACCACCACCCAAUAAUAGAAAUAUCAAAAGGUGGAAAAGAAUUCCAAGAUUUCUUUGUUUCUCUUGAAUAACAAAUGUGUUUUACUUAUACGAAAUAUAUGAAAUAAACUUAUUAAUACCUUA